AUGUCUACUUCCUUUCCUCCGCCUCAGCCAACCUUCAACCCGUCUCACAAGGUGGGAGGGAACCCCCAGACUACCGAUGUCAAUGCCCAGUACUAUGGCUGGGAAUGGGAAUAUGUCUUCCAGGUCAUCAUGGGCUGCUUCGUCUUCCUCAUCGUCCCCGGUAUCGGUCUCCUCUACGGCGGCAUGACCCGGCGCAAGAGUGCUCUUGCAAUGAUCUUCCAGUCGUUGACUGUGAUGGCAAUGGUAACGUUCCAAUGGACUUUCUGGGGCUUCACACUGGCCUUCUCGAGGACCGGCGGACCAUUCAUUGGUGACAUGAGCAACUUCGGCUUGAUCAACACCAUGGCUGCGCCCUCGUGGGGAUCGACCGUCAUCCCCGACAUCGUCUUCUGCUUCUACGAGCUCAUGUUCGCCGCAUGUGCGACUAUGAUCGUUGUCGGCGGCUCGUUUGAGCGCGGUCGCGUCCUUCCAUCCAUCAUCUUCGGGUUCUGCUGGGUUACGAUCUGCUACUGCCCAAUCGCAUACUGGACGUGGAACGCCAAUGGAUGGCUCUACAAAUUCGGCGCCCUCGAUUUCGCCGGCGGCGGACCCGUCCACAUAUCCUCCGGCGCCGCUGCACUCGCCUAUGCACUCAUCCUCGGAAAGCGCAGCCGUCACGGCGAGAAACACGUCUACAAACCCCACAACGUCACCAUUGUCUUCCUCGGCACCGUCCUCAUCUGGUUCGGCUGGUUCGGCUUCAACGGCGGCUCCGCGCUCAACGCCAGUAUCCGCGGCAUGGUGGCCGUCUGGAACACCAACCUUGCUGCUUCGACGGGUGUGCUCGGGUGGUCUAUCUUUCACUACUGUUUCCGCGGACGGAAGUUCUCCGUCAUCGGCGCCUGCGAAGGUGCAAUCGCCGGGUUGGUCGGCAUCACGCCGGCUGCCGGGUUCGUGACGGUCUGGUAUGCGGCGGCCAUUGGCUUUAUCACGGCGAUCGUCAUAUGCUUGUUCGAGAACGUUAGCGAUUGGCUCCGCAUUGACGACGGGCUGGCGGUCUUCAAGCUUCAUGGCAUUGGUGGCAUGGUCGGCGCUUUCUUGACUGGUAUCUUCGCGACAGCCGAGAUCAGCGCACUGGACGGCAUCCCAACCAUCGUGCAUGGCGGCGUCGACGGCAACGGCGUGCAGAUUGGCAAGCAGCUUGCUGAGAUCUGCGCGAUAUUCGCUUGGUCGUUCGUCAUGAGUGUCAUCAUGUUGUUGAUCCUCAAGUUCAUUCCGGGCAUGCACCUGCGUGUCAGCGAUGAUGUGGAGGAGAUUGGUCUGGAUCUCGACCAGUUCAAUGACGAGGUUGUGGGUGAGUGGGGUCUAUACGACACAGAGGACGGGCAUGAGAGGAGGGGCUCGAUGAUCCGCGGCGUUGCUGUUGCGGCUCCCGCCAGCGCUACCGUUGAGACUGGAAGCGACAUGACGCCGGUCGAGGAAAACCGGGAGGAGAAGGAAAUGAAAUGA